AUGCCAAACUCGACCCAGACUUUGUCUUCGACAUUGGCGGAGAUCCAUACCAGACCAGACCCCAUCUCUGUGGAUGAAAUUAUUGCUCGGAGGCGACUGAACUCCAAGCGGAAACGCGAAGAGGAGUCUGAAGAUGAAAGCGAAGGCGAAGAAGACGAAAGUGACGCGAAAGACGGGGAGGAAUUGGGCUCCGAACUGGACGAGGAAGACCCUCUGGCAACAUCAGAUGAAGGCAGUGAGGAAGGCGAAGAGGAAGAAGGGAGCAGUGGAGAGGAUAACGAAGAUGCUGAAGACAAAGACGACGACAGCGACGAAGAGGUGGAGGAGGAAACCCAAGCAGAGAAAGACCGAAAAGCGGCUUUCUUCGACUCGGAAUCAGGUCCAGCGGCGAGCCAUGAUUCUUUCCUAACAAUGAACCUCUCCCGUCCAAUCCUAAAGGCAUUAACAACCCUUGGCUUCUCGAAACCCACACCUAUUCAAGCUGCAACGAUACCCGUAGCACUGCUCGGGAAGGAUGUCGUCGGAAAUGCCGUCACGGGAUCAGGAAAAACUGCCGCUUUCAUAAUUCCUAUGCUCGAGCGUCUCCUCUACCGCGAGAAGGGUAAAAAGGCUGCCGCUACACGAUGUGUCAUCCUUGUGCCCACGAGGGAACUCGGUGUACAAUGUUACGAUGUGGGCACGAAGCUUGCGACCCAUACCGACAUUCGUUUAUCACUUCUCGUUGGUGGGUUGUCUUUGAAGUCGCAGGAAGCGGACUUGCGGACACGCCCAGACAUCGUAAUUGCAACCCCAGGUCGUCUCAUUGAUCAUAUCCGCAACUCUCCCUCUUUUGACUUGGAUGCGGUCGACGUUCUUGUACUCGACGAAGCCGACCGAAUGCUGGACGACGGUUUCGCCGAUGAGCUUUCAGAAAUCAUCAAGUCAUGCCCCAAAUCCCGACAAACAAUGCUCUUCUCUGCCACAAUGACAGAUUCCGUCGACGAACUUGUCAAAAUGUCGUUGAAUAGGCCAGUCAGAUUGUUUGUUGACCCGAAGAGAUCAACCGCCCGUGGGCUAGUGCAAGAAUUUGUUCGCGUAAAAGCAGGAAAAGAGAAUGAACGCUCGGCGCUGCUUGUUUCCCUUUGCAAACGGACUUUCAAAAAUAAAGUCAUCAUUUUCCUGAGGAGUAAAAGGCUGGCCCAUCAAAUGCGCAUUGUCUUUGGUUUGGUUGGGAUGAAAUGCGAGGAGCUUCAUGGCGAUUUGACGCAGGAACAGCGUCUGAAAGCUCUGCAUGCCUUCCGGGAAGGUACAGUUGACUACCUAAUGGCAACCGACCUAGCAUCUCGCGGUUUGGAUAUCAAGGGAGUCGAGACUGUCAUCAACUAUGAUAUGCCGUCUCAACCGGCUCAAUACCUCCAUCGUGUCGGUCGAACAGCCCGUGCGGGCAAAAAGGGCCGUUCUGUAUCCCUCGUUGGAGAGGCCGAUCGUAAAAUGCUCAAGGCGGCUAUCAAGCAUAGUUCAGGCGAGGACCAAGUUCGGCACCGCAUCGUUCCCUCCGAGGUUCUCCAGACAUGGGUGCAGAAGCUGGAAGGUCUCACAGUGGAGAUUGCAGAGAUUCUUAAGGAGGAGAAGGAGGAGAGACAUCUUCGACAGGCGGAAAUGGAGCUAAAAAAGGGCCAGAAUAUGAUUGAACACGAAGCCGAAAUUUUUUCGCGUCCAGCACGUACAUGGUUCCAAACAGGGAAAGAAAAGCAGAAGGCGGAAGAGCUGAGCAAGCGUCUACAUGAGACUGGAGGUAAGAAAACUGCACCAAAGGGUGUGGAUACAACUAAACCCAAGCGGGAUAAGCUGUCAGGCUUGUCACGGAGAGCGAAACGAAGAAGAAUGACAACGGAAGACGACAAAGAGGCAAAUGAUAGCAAGGCUCUGAAUGCCGCUAUCCGUUCGGCAAAGAAGGCUUUCCGUCCGCAGAAAAUUGGAGUGUCAGAGCGUCGGAAUUCCAAGCCAACAAAGAAAAAGAGAAAGACAUUGGGCAGGCCAUCCAAGUCUGGAAGCACUUUCGAAGGUGACAUGGGAAAGGGGCCAAAGGCAAGAGAGGGGAUUAGAAGUCGUAAAGGCGAUACAGUGAAGUUGGACAAGAAGGGCGCAAAUAAGACAAAACCCAAGAAGAAGGGCCGGUCAUAG